AUGAGAGAAGAAAACCAGUCCUCCACCCUCGAUUUCAUCCUCCUGGGAGUUGGUGGUCACCGGAAACAGGAAUAUUUCUUCUUCAUCCUCUUCCUCUUCAUUUACCCCAUCACACUGAUAGGAAACCUGCUCAUCAUCUUGGCCAUUCACGCUGACAUUCGCCUCCACAACCCCAUGUACUUUCUCCUUGCCAACCUCUCCUUUGUCGACAUCUUCUUCUCCUCUGUAACCAUCCCCAAGACACUGGCCAACCACAUGUUGAGCAACAAAGCCAUCUCCUUUGUGGGAUGCCUGACACAGAUGUGUUUCAUGUUAGCCUUGGGUAACACAGACAGCUAUAUCUUGGCUGCAAUGGCAUAUGACCGUGCUGUGGCCAUCAGCCGCCCACUUCAUUACACAACAAUUAUGAGCCCAAGGACUUGUGUCCUGCUAGUGGUUGGGUCUUGGGUGGUUGGAAACGCCAAUGCCCUCCCCCACACCCUGCUCACGGCUAGUCUCUCUUUCUGUGGAAACCAGGAAGUGGCCAACUUUUACUGUGACAUUGCCUCUUUACUCAAGUUGUCCUGUUCUGACAUCCAGUUCAAUGUGAAGAUGAUGUAUCUAGGGGCUGGUGUUUUCUCUGUGCCAUUACUAUGCAUCGUCAUCUCUUAUGUUCAGGUCUUUUCCACAGUCUUAAGGGUUCCAUCCACCAAGGGUGUACUCAAGGCCUUCUCCACCUGUGGGUCUCACCUCACAGUUGUUUCUUUGUAUUAUGGGACAGUCAUGGGCAUGUAUUUCCGCCCUCUGACCACUUACAGCCUAAGGGAUGCAGUGAUCACUGUGAUGUACAUUGCAGUGAUCCCAAUGCUAAAUCCUUUCAUCUACAGUCUGAGAAACCGAGACAUGAAGGCUACUCUAGGGAAAAUCUUCAGCAAGACUCUAUUUUAUAGCUAA